CCGACGCUUCCCAACCCUAAUAAUACUCGCGUAAAACUUUUGAAGUAUAAACUUUAAUCUAAGUGGUGAUUGUUAGUGCUCAAAAGAUGAGGUGGCAAUGCGUGGCUGUGGUCCUUGUGGGGAUAGCGAGUACAGUCUUAUCACAAGAAGAUGGUGAGGCGUCACUCGACAUCAUGGCGAGGUCGACGCCCUACGAAGUUGGGGACACGAAGGCUAUAUUUUGCAAAUUAUUCAAUUUAGAGGACGGAGACUGGUACAACCCAUCAGGCGAAGUGGUCGGCACUCGGAGUGCCAAGAACAAGAGGAUAUUCGUGGAGAAGAAGAAGGAGGGUUCUGGUCUGCUGAUGCCCCUCAUCAUCAACAAGAUGGAGAUCAGCGACAGCGGGAACUGGACGUGUAUGUCUGGAGAUCUGGAAGAAACUAUACAUAUACUUAUUGGAAGGAAAGUCGUGAUGGACAACGCGAAAGAGAUCAAGUACGGACAUGAAGGCAAGACGUCCAGGCUUGACUGCGAGCCGGAUGGGUAUCCAGAGCCAGUGGUCCAGUGGUACAAGGACCGACUGCCCAUUGAUGAACACAACAAGAAAUACAUUGUGCACACAAAAGGCCGCAACCGCCAGCUGGAAAUCAAGAACGCUAAUCACAUGGAUGCUGGGGAGUACGUCUGCAAAGUCACCCAGAAACUGCUGUCACACUAUACGGACAAGACUAUCACAUUUAUCGUUAACCAUUCACCAGUCAUAGUUGACCCAGAGACGCAAGAAGAGAACACAGCAUCUACUGAAGAAGUUUUCACAUUGUUGGACAGAGUGAAAAACUUGACCUGCAAUGCUGUCGCGUAUCCGCUACCUGACUUCAAAUGGAACAAACACAGAAACGGUUAUGAUGGUGAUGAAAUUAAAGAUGAUACGGUGGUGAACUCCGACGACGGCCUCAGCUCCGUGCUCCAGCUGCGGGUCUUCAACGAAUCUUACCUGGGGCAGUACAAGUGCACCGCCAGCAACCCCCACGGGCACAGGUCCAUCGUGUUCGAUGUCCGACUCGGGAACAAACCCAACCCACCUGAUGUGUUCUCGGUGGUGGGCAGUAACUCCUCCUCGAUCACCUUCAACCUGAGCUGUUCCACCUGCGUGCUGGGGCGGCCUGACGAGGGCUACUCCAACCCGCAGAACCUCACUGUCACUGGUUAUAAAAUCCAGCUGACACUCAAACCCAAGACGGCUACACCCGACAAUUGGGAUGAAGUGCAAGAAUUCCAAUUUGAAAUUGAAGAUGUUGAUAAUACAUUGUUCUCGGCGACGAACCUAACAUCUGAGACGGCCUACCACGCACGAGCAUGUUCCCUCAACGAGGCGGGAGAGUCAGAGUGGUUUGAGCUAGAAGGGGACGCUGUCACCAGCUUUGCAAUCGUCCAGACGCCACUUGUAUUACUAUACGUCCCAAUACUCCUCACUAGUUUGUUCCAAAAUUAAAAUUCAGUGUUGCCAGUCGUUA